AUGGGAGAUGGAGAUGAUAAUGCUAGGAGGAGAUGGCAUGAAAAUUGAGUUUUGAUCAAUUCAAUUUGGCUCGAUCAAGAGUCAUGUUGACUCUGCUGGGUGAGGUUAUUAGUUGAGACUUGAUUCCUGUACAUGUAUUUUUAAGCAUGCUUAUAGUUGCACUAGACUGUCAGCAACUAGUUAUUCAACCGACAAUUGCUACUGGUUUUGAAGGCUGGAUGAAAUAAGAUGCUUUUGAUUAUUUGCCUGUUUUGCUGCAUAGAAAUAUUGAAUUUGUUUUAUAUGAUGCAUUACUCCCUUUGCUCAUAAUCUCUUAUUCAAUCUUAAUGUGUUGUAACUUUCAACUAUUAAACAAUGAUGUCUUCUGAAACUUAGCAUGGUAUUAACCUAUGGACUAUCCAUAUUUUCAGUUCAUGACACCCUCUUGCUUCUAAUCAUGUCUAUCUUUUGAAUACAACUAAAUUCCGUCAGCCAUUCAAGUUGCAGCUGAAUUUACCUGUUCUUUAAUGGCAGGUGCCAUUCAAAAACUUAUUAUGAUGGAUAUGUCAUAUGACAUGGUGAAAUUAUGUAAAGAUGUUGAGGCAGAUAUGUGUCUGACAACAAUCUUGAAACACAUUUUGUGGUUGGUGAUGAAGAAUUCCUCCUGAUAAAGGAAAGGUAUGCUAGGUCCAGCAUAUGACUGGAGACCAUGUUGUCAAGAAAAUACAUAGGACCUUUGCAAAUUCCUUCAUAAAAUGGGUUGAUUGAGGGGUGCAUAUAUUUUUAUUCAGUAAUGAAUUUUAUUUGUGAAGCUCUUUAGAUUUGGCAAUUAGUUGCUUGGGGCUUCAUUGGACAAAUGAUCUUCUUGGAGCUAUGAUACAAAUGACCUGUCAUGUGUGCACAUGUGUGCUUGCGUGUGGAUGGCUAAGGAGGGAUCCACAUGUGAGUGGCUGUAACAAACCUCGUACCUUUUAUUUGAUCUGCUGCUCAGGUUUACUGAACUGCCUUUUCUAUUCUCAUUCCGAAAUUGACUAAAUGAGAUGCAUUUUAUUCGCUAGUUAUCUGCUGCCUCUCUGAGUUAAUUGUAUUUGACUGAUAUGUUCAAUGGUUAGCCUUUGUUGACAUUAUUCCUCCCAUAAUGUAAUGCAGCUCCUGGAAAUUGCACGGUUUCCUGAUGAACAUGUAAGAGCCAUGCUAUAUGCUGAUUUUCUUCUCAUUCUUCUUUUGAAAUUUUCUAAUAUCAUGUGAAUAACAAACCACACUUUCAAUAUCACGCCAAUUAGAUGCAUGGCUUACUUGAAUUUUGAAAUGGUUCAUAUUUGAUUGAUUUGUGAUGUUCCCUUGUGUUUGCCAGGUAAAUGAAUUUAAAUCAAUAGAAAAAUUCAAGAUUUUCAACACCAACAACUUGUGGGUGAGUUUGAAGGCCAUUAAACGGUUGGUGGAGGCCGAUGCCCUUAAAAUGGAGAUUAUUCCAAACCCUAAGGCAAGCCUUUUUCAUUCCAAACACUAACAAAAAUUUCUGACUCACUACUACUGGUGUGAGAAGUGCUGAUGAAGUCACUGAUAUUUUCAGGAAAUGGAUGGUGUGAAAGUUCGUCAGCUGGAAACUGCAGCUGGAGCAGCGAUACGGUUCUUUGAUCAUGCUAUUAGUGAGAAUGUUGCUCGAUCUUGGUUUCUUCCAGUGAAGGCAACAUCUGAUUUGCUUCUCAUCCAGUCAGAUCUUUAUACCUUGGCCGAUGGCUUUGUAAUCAGAAAUAGUGCAAGAACUAAUCCAGCAAACCCUUCUAUUGAGUUGGGACCUGAAUUCAAAAAGGUCAACAACUUUCUCAGUCGGUUCAAGUCCAUCCCUAGCAUCCUUGAGCUUGAUAGCUUGAAGGUUGUUGGUAAUGUAUGGUUCGGUGCUGGUGUAACACUCAAGGUAUCAAAUGAAAUGCCAUUUCAUUUUGUAACUUUUUUUUUCUUUAUCUAUUUUUAAAUUCUGGGUAAUUGCUUUUACAUCCUGGAGCUAUUUUAUGUUAAUUCAAAUCUCCAAUCAGAGUUUUGGAGAUGGAAAACACUGUGGGAAUAGUAUCAUAUGUCA